AUGGCGCCUGCUGCGAUGGCAGCGUGCUGCAGCGGCGGGGACACCCGCUCAGACCCAAUCUGCAGCAGCAGCGCUGCAGAAGAGUCCGAGCCCCGCCCGUUGUGGUGGCGCGAACGGCCAAAGCGAUCGGGAUCCGACGGAGGCAGCGAGCAGCAGACGCACACGCCGCCGCAGGUGGCAGAGGCGCUGCCGCCCAGCGGGCGGGCCAAGGGCGCAGGCGCGCGUGCUCGCUCCGCGGAGCAGCUCGAGCUCGCGCGCCAGCCCGCCGCCGCCGCCGCCGCGCUCUGUGCCCGCCUGCUCGCCGCCGACGCCGCACCCACGCCCGCAGAGCCCGCGGCGGCCGCGGCGAGCGGCGGCGUCGACGUAUGCACCGCGGCGCUCGCCGCGCUCGCGCCGCGCGGGGAGGACCCAGCGGCCCUGGCCUCUGAAUUUUCCUCCAUCUUGAUGGAUGAGGAGAGGGAGCUGCACCUGUCAGAUCACCGCUGCAUCGACGGCUCCAUGGAAGGCAACGCCCACAAAAACAGAUACUGCAACAUACUGCCCUUUGAUGCCAACCGCGUCCGCCUGCCGGCGCCCGCGGCCGGCGCCGGCGGUGCGGUGGCGGCGCGGAGGGGCGCCGCGGCUGGCGCCGGCCGCGGGGCGAGGCUCUUCGAGGCGGCGGCGUGCGGCGGCGGCGGGGGCUACUUCAACGGCAGUUACAUACAGGUAUGA